AUGUGCCUCAGAGUGCCUGUGCUGGUAUUCGGCACCUCGUGUAGCGCGCAUACCAGGAAGCACCGCCAGAUCAGACGCUGUCUCUGUAAUCCAAAUCGGGUUUCUUUCGGGUGCGCCACGCGCGCGGCAGCUGCGUGCAGCGCGCACGCGGACACGUGCACACUCGACACCCAAUUUGGACACUACAGAGGACCAGGCUCGGGACCGUGCCAGACCGGGAUAUCCACUCUGUGUGUAGCACUGGACCGCUGCCAAUGCGAAAGCUCGUGUGCAAUUGCAUUUGUCUUGAUAUCCCGCUCAGCCAGGGUGAGUUACAAAGAUAGUGUUCAUUGCGCUUGUACAAUGUCUCGCCGACACGCAUUGGGUAGCGUUGUAUUGCUGGUGUUGCUCCUCGUGGGAAUUCGAUGCUGCAUAUCCGCAGCUGUUUGGCCGCGUUCAGAGAUCGACACGGCACUCCUGGAAGAGGUGCUCGGGAGCGUUCGCGUGACCGAGUCUCAUGAUCAUGAAAGCAUGGAAGGUGUGCCGUCGCCACUCCCGUCGACACCACCGGUUUACGAUAUGAAUCGCACCGCGACUGUGGUCAUCACAGGUACGCAGGUUGUAAACAGCAACGGUGCCGGGGAGGGCCCCUAUGCCUACGGGCUGGGCAUCAGCUUCUUGUCAGGAAUCCGCUAUGCCACGGUGUAUCCGAACAACGAUCCCGGGAGCUUCCGACUCAUUAAUGCAACAGCUUUGCUGAAAAACAACUCCUUCUUGUAUUUCAUCUACUACAAGUCUCCGAUCGCCCAGUACUCUGCAGAGAACUCUGCCGGAAGAGCUACCGUUGCGGAUUUGUACACUGAAAACCAAACGAAUCCGGAUUUCGUGUCCGCAGCGGUGAUGAUCAAGAGGCUGCGCACCACCACGGGCAAUCAUGGUGAGUUCUCGGCCACAUUCAGCGUGUUCGAUCCCCAUAAUACGUCCGCAUUGCCGAACAUACCGAAUAGUUUGCUCGAUUUCGGCGUUUUAGGAAUACAGAAUGUGCCAUGCGAGAAUGCCGGCAUCAGCUGCUGA